GCGGGGGGCGGGGGGGAAAGUUUGCAUUGCAAUCCCCCUGCCUUCCUCUCCUUUCUCCCGAUCAAUGCCUAUUUGCAAAAGGAUUAAGCCACAGAUUUAAGCGCCGGGAGCCCAUUGCUGCCUCGCAAAGGAGACCGGACUGCAAAACCAAAAGCCAGCUCUGAUUUCUUUUCGCCAAGUGGGAAGGUGGUUUAUUUUUUCUCGCUUUUUUUCGGAGUCAACACCCUUUCCCCAACCAGCCCUUACCCCCACCCUCACCCCGCAACCCCUCCACGCCCCCCACCCCCCGCUCCCCAUCCCCCCACCAUCCUCCAAAGAGGCAAAGGGAUUUUUUUUCUUCUUCUUCUUCUUCUUCUGCUUCUUCUUCUUCUUUUGGUCUUCUUCUCUCCCCUUCCCUGUUUAUCCUGCCAAGGAUCUGAAGACAGCCUGAAGCAUAAAAAGCCUCGGUGCUUCCCGGGAGCCGAGCCGAGGAGCAGAAGAGGAAGCGCCCGGGGCUGCCGCAGCCUUCGGAGAUGGACGAGCAGCCCAGGCUGAUGCAUUCCCACGCUGGGGUCGGGAUGGCCGGGCACCCCGGCCUGUCCCAGCACUUGCAGGACGGGGCCGGCGGGACCGAGGGGGAGGGCGGGAGGAAGCAGGACAUUGGAGACAUCUUACAGCAGAUCAUGACCAUCACAGACCAGAGUUUGGAUGAGGCGCAGGCCAGAAAACAUGCAUUAAACUGCCACAGAAUGAAGCCCGCCUUGUUUAAUGUGUUGUGUGAAAUCAAAGAAAAAACAGUGUUGAGUAUCCGGGGAGCCCAGGAAGAGGAGCCCACGGACCCCCAGCUGAUGCGACUGGACAACAUGCUGUUGGCAGAAGGCGUGGCUGGGCCUGAGAAGGGGGGCGGAUCGGCCGCCGCGGCUGCCGCAGCCGCAGCCUCCGGAGGAGCAGGUUCCGACAACUCAGUGGAGCAUUCCGACUACAGAGCCAAACUCUCACAGAUCAGACAAAUCUACCACACGGAGCUGGAGAAAUAUGAGCAGGCAUGCAAUGAGUUCACCACCCAUGUGAUGAAUCUCCUGCGAGAGCAAAGCCGGACCAGGCCCAUCUCCCCGAAGGAGAUCGAGCGGAUGGUGAGCAUUAUCCACCGCAAGUUCAGCUCCAUCCAGAUGCAGCUCAAGCAGAGCACGUGCGAGGCCGUUAUGAUCCUGCGUUCCCGGUUUCUGGAUGCGCGGCGGAAGAGACGGAAUUUCAACAAACAGGCAACGGAAAUCCUGAAUGAAUAUUUCUAUUCCCAUCUCAGCAACCCUUACCCCAGUGAGGAAGCCAAAGAGGAGUUAGCCAAGAAGUGUGGCAUCACAGUCUCCCAGGUAUCAAACUGGUUUGGAAAUAAGCGAAUCCGGUACAAGAAGAACAUAGGUAAAUUUCAAGAGGAAGCCAAUAUUUAUGCUGCCAAAACAGCUGUCACUGCUACCAACGUGUCAGCCCAUGGAAGCCAAGCUAACUCACCCUCAACUCCCAACUCAGCUGGUUCUUCCAGUUCUUUUAACAUGUCAAACUCUGGAGAUUUGUUCAUGAGCGUGCAGUCACUCAAUGGGGAUUCUUACCAAGGGGCCCAGGUUGGAGCCAACGUGCAAUCACAGGUGGAUACCCUUCGCCAUGUUAUCAGCCAGACAGGAGGAUACAGUGACGGACUCGCAGCCAGUCAGAUGUACAGUCCGCAGGGCAUCAGUGCUAAUGGAGGUUGGCAGGAUGCUACUACCCCUUCAUCAGUGACCUCCCCUACAGAAGGCCCUGGCAGUGUUCACUCUGAUACCUCCAACUGAUCUCCCAGCAAUCGCAUCCCGGCUGACCCUGGGCCCCAGUUGGGGCAGGGGCAGGAGGGAGGGUUUCUCUCCCAACGCUGAAGCGGUCAGACUGGAGGUCGAAGCAAUCAGCAAACACACUAAGAGUCUCCUUCUCUUCUCUUCUUUGGGAUGCUAUUUCAGCCAAUCUGGACACUUCUUUAUACUCUCUUCCCUUUUUUUUUUUUUCUGGGUAGAAGCCACCCUUCCCUGCCUCCAGCUGUCAGCCUGGUUUCCGACAUCCUCCCUGUCCCUUUCCCUCUGUCCUAGAUGCCCGGGGUCCCUGCCCUCUACUAUAUCCCUGAAGGAUAUUUUCAACAAUUAGAGGAAUUUAAAGAGGAAAAAAAAAAAAGACUACAAAGAAAAUAAUAAAGGUGUUUGUAUGUUUUCAUGCUGGUGGUCUGAGGAGCCAAAUUUACCUCACUCGGAUCCCUCCCUCUCUGUUGACAGGCAGUCCCUCUCUGUCUCUCACUACCUCUUAGCAGGAAUAUGCCACAUUGCCCUACUCAUCCCAGGCCUCCCUGCCUCCUCUUGCUCUUGCUCCCUGGGGACAGUACUGAUUGGAACACUCUCCUCCUCUUCCUUCCAAGCUCUAGGUAUGCACUGGGGACUGCCAUGGCUGCACUUCUAAAGGUACCACUCUGCAGUGUCAGCUCUCCUAGACUGAUUCCAAGCAGGGAGUCAGGCAGCAGGGGUGGGCACAAGGGACAGCAAGGGUAGAGCUCCUACAGGCUUCCUCAUCUGCCCCACAGCAGCUCUUAGAGGCACGGUCUAUACAACCCUUUCCUCACUUAGUAAGCAAUGUUUAGAACCCAUUGCAAAGUCAGGUCUGACUUGGGCAUGGUGAUGAAAGCCUCACUAAGGAGUCGAGGCUUCUUGUCUGAAACACUCCUCCUGCCCCUUCACAGUCAUGUAGGCACACACACUCUCUUCUUACACUUUUCCAAGACGUCAUAGGCAAAUACCUACAUGAGUAAUCAUUGCACUACACCUUAUGAGACCCACAGAGGGAAUUGGCAACUCUAAGUGACGGUCACUGACACAGAGAAACAGCAUGUGCCUGGGACUUCCAGGACCAGCAGGCUGCCAGCAUGCACUUGCACUUGCUAGGUUGGCGUUAUGGGACUUGAUGGCAAGGAAGGCCAGAUUUCCAGUGCUAACUAUUCCGAUUUCCUACAGCUCUGGAGCUCCCAGGGAGCCACACACAGUACCUACAAUGUCCACAAUGGAUUUGGUUGUUUUAUUUCGGUUUUCGUGUUAGGCACAUGGUAUAGGUUUUCCAAAGUGCUAUGAGGCACUGUGUUCCUGAUCUUGGCCUCUUUCUCUGGGAGAGUUGUGUAAGAACAUGGUACAAAUAAACUUUUUGCUAGCUUCAUGUGAGACUCGUGGGAUAAGAGGAGAUAAUAUUUUCAUUGAAACCAGCUCAGUGGUGUUUAUUCCCUAGGAACAUCCUAGGUGCAGAUAGCAGGCACUAGAAAGCCAUUUGUGACUGUCGUCCAAACUCACAUUCUUCACAGCCAACCAACUCUGCCAGCAAUAAACGUGGCAGCUCUGUCACCUGAUUAAGUGGUUGGUGGUCACAGCUCUUGGUGCUUAAUUUUUUUUUUUUAUCUGUAAAUGGCGAUUACUAUGCCUGGCUCACCAAGAGGCUUGUGAGAAACGGAAGACAUUGAUUUUAUUCAUAUCCUAUCUGUAAAUGUGAAGUCAGGGGAAAUAAUUUCCCUAAGGUAAACGGGUUCAUGCUAGAUGAGGACAAUAAAUGCUUUUCCUAUUGUAACCUCUGCUAACCAUCAGUACCCUGAUGUCAUCACCAUGAUGAGAAAGAGAAGAAUUGUUGAUUUUUCUUUGAUUGUUUUGGUCUGGUUGGUCUCUUAGGAUAGAGAAAAGCUUCCAAAGUAGGAAGAUAGGCUAUGGCUUUUUUAGUUUGUCCUGAGUCCAAUAUGUGGCCUUGUAAGUACUUGGUCCCCUGUCAUACCUGCUCUGUCUGAGAGGCUGCCAGGGAAAGACACAAGACUUUGAGGGGUGAGGAUGAUCCUUUUAAAAAAAAGUCAUGGAAAUUCCACAAGGCACGGGAGUAAUGAACAGAAAACACUCCUCUGUAUGUGUUUGGGCAAGUUGGGGAUACUUGAGACGCCCAAGGAUAUGUAUUCAGAAACUAUAAAUAUUUAGCAAAAUGUAAUGACUGAGGGCCCUAGAAAGACAGUGUCUGCUGACCUGUGCCCUGAUCAGAACAGGACCAGAAGAAGAGGGGCCUAGAAGGAGCAUCUUUGUACAACUCUGGAGUGCAUAGAACCAGUGAAAAACUUUGCCUUAAGGUGACUCACGCAGGAACAUGAGUGGAGCACAUUCGAUUGAGUUGGAGCAAAGUAGGAAAGGGAUUAAAGCAAAGAGCGGGUGGAGGGGUGCACUGGAAACAAGGGUAACUCCAGAUUUGGACUGAGUUGUGGCCACGUUAAGUUAAUGAAAAGGACCGGAGCAGUGCUGCAUUUGCACAGGCGGUUUCUCUCCCCGCAGUAGUUUGCACUGACGAUUACCUCGCAUACCACUGCCCCAGCCAGCACGUCACUCAGUCCUCUGAAGAGCCAGUACCGUCCCACAGCCUUCCCUUCAUGCUCUCGCUCACUCCCAACAUGGCGGCCACAGGAAGCAGGAGAACACGGCAGCUGAAGAGUGGGGGUGGAAAGAGCCCGCCUCUGGGCUGUUUCCUGUAGAAACAACAUGUGCCCUGGGAGUCCUCCGUUUUCUAGUAAAGUGGGAGCGCUCCAUUUUCCCGGACAGCAGAUUUCCCCUGAGAAAGGACGCUAGACCCUGGGUUUACCCACCUUGUGACUCUUCAGUAUUUCCCCUUUCUACUCCUAACUCCUCCCCCUGGUGUGGAAUUAAUUCCCAUGCAGUACUUUUGCCAAGUGACACCUUCUUUCAAUUUAUUUUAUUUUUUUAUUUUGCUGUGGUGAUUGCUCUUUAUUUGCUGGUUGCCUUUUCUCACAAAUAUCUUUAUUCCCUCUUUCUGUCUGCUUUUGUUUUUCUGCCCAGAAAAACCUGACUUCGAUACCAAAAAAGAUAAAACUACAGAAACUCAAAUUUAAAAAAAAACUUAAAAAAAAAAAACAAAAAAAUACUCAACGAUUCUUUCAGCUUUAUUAACAUUUUCCAUUGUUUCUUGCGACUUGUGUCUCGUUCUUUGUAGUAUUGAUGAUGAACAUUUGAUAAUGAAUGUUCUUGUAUAUUCAGAUAAAGAAAAAAAACCAAAAAAGCGGUCUGAAUUUAAUAGUGUUUAUAAUAAAAAUUUUAAAAAUGACCCUCAUAGCACGCAAAACAGGAUGGGGACUUUUCCCCUUUCUUUCUGUGACAAUGCGCAUCAUUCCUACAUUAGUUUUUAACACCAAACUACCUACAUUCAUCAUUUCCCCCAUUUUUCUUUUAUUUUCUUGCAUUUGUGAAUUAGUUCAAGAAUGCUAGAAAAGUGUCGAGUUGUGCACAUCCAUUUCUUGUUUCACAAUGUUUAAAAGUGACAGUAAUUCAUUUUGUAAACUAAAAAAAAAAGGUUGGAAUAGUGAGCUUAAUAGGUACAACCUAACACGUUAUUAUGUUUAUUAACUUUGAGACCCAGAAAUAAAUUCUUUUCUUUUCUUAUUCCUGCUCUUAAAAAUACAAAAAAAAAUAUGUUUUUGUUUUGUGUUAUUUUUGGUUUGUUUAUGGGGGGGCUUUUUUUUUUAAUUGUCAGGAUUAUGAUCUUGCUGUUUUUAUUCCUUACAAUGUAUAUGAGGUGAUGUGAAAAGAUGACACUGGUAUAGUAGGCAGCUUCCUCCUACUUUGCUUUAGAAUUCAGUUGACGUCAAAAACAAAGAGAAGGCCCAUGUGGAUGUCUCAAUGCUGACCUACAUUUCCCAAAUGUGUGGUUCUCUCACAGUCCCUGAGAAAAAUAAAACCAGGCACUUGCUUCUCCUUGUGGCCCUUGAAAAAUUCAAAUCAGGACACACUUGUUAUCCUGUAGGAGAAGGUGUUCGCCUGUGUCGGUUCUCAGUGUCAUAACCAAGUGCUUUCUUUUCUUUCUCCCUGAUUAAUAACAACAAUCUGUGAAGCCUUUUCCAAUGAGACAGGAUUCAUCUUCCAGAGGAAUCCCACGGGUAAGCCUGGUAUCACCGGCACCAUUGGCUAAGUAGAACACGUGCAGGAUGCAGACACUGGGGCCAGUCUGCCUGCUGAUCCAUUGAGUCCUGACUUGGAUGAAGGGUUGGUGCCAUGCUUAACGAGACUCAGCACUGUAGUUUUAAUGCUGAAAAGUUGUGUUUGGUUUCCUGCCAGGAUGACUGUUACUUAACGCCAAUUUAGGUAGCUGCUUAAAGCAAAUUGCAAAGCUGACUUGAUUCGGAAUGUUGUUAUUAGUUAUAGGAAGAAAGAAAGCAGUACUACCUGGAAGAUGUUUAAUUUUCAGCAUCUCUCGUUGGAGAAGGUGUUUAGCAAGCAUCCACAAUGUAAGGAACAAACAAGUGAAGAAUGAAGGCAGCAUUGUGAAGUGACACUUUGGGAAGUCUUUCUACUCAAACAUUUGUGCUCUUGUUUUUAAGUCCUAACGAGAUAAAGACGAGCUUUUCACAUCACCUUCAUGGUUUCAAUCCCUAGCUCAAAGCUUUCUGGAAUCGUUUAUUUUUUGUAAACUUUUUUUCUUUUGUUAAAAUAAAUAAAACAUUCAAUGUUUUCCUCCUUUUCUCUCUUAUUACUUUGUUUCUUGCCUUGGGCGGUUUCGUUUGGAAGUGCUUUCCUUUGGUUGUGGGUUCUAGUCUCCCCCUCCCCCUCCCCUCCUUAUUAUUCCGAAUAUAAACCUGCAAAGCUCUGCUCUGUUUUGGUUUUUGAAAGUUUAAGCUUUUCUGCUUCUGUGAGAGCACAGGCUUCUGUCCCUUUUGAUUCCAACUGAACUUUUGUGUUCUCUAAUGAUACUAACACGGUGUAGGUUUUACAGUCUCCUAAUUUGUACUGGUAAUGCAUAUUCCAAAUAAAUAGUUUCUUUUGUUGCAAA